AUGCCAAAGCAUAGAAAGUCCCGCCUCGGAUGCAAAGAAUGCAAAGAACGAAAGGUCAAAUGCGAUGAGUCUCGGCCGAUUUGUAUUAGAUGCAAGACCGCGGGAAGAAAUUGCUCUUACCGAGAGCUGGUCAGCAGUCUGCCAACGCCACCAGCCCAAACACCGGCACAUUUGUCCACUCCUCAAGCUCUGAGCCCGCAAUCCUCGGUUUCCUCCAGUCGUCAGUUACAACUGCCCUCAGCAGUACCAGAUCCUCAUGGCGCGACUACGUCAUUGCAUAUAUCAGAGUUGUCAGAUGACUUCUUCUCCGAACGCUUCAGCUUGUUCCACUUCGAUCUACUCCUCUUCUUUAGGGGGGCUCUCACAGAUUUCCUCGUCUCCCUGCAGUCCGAAAUGGGCCCAAUGAUGCGUCUGACGUAUUCUGAAGCGUUGAAGGCGCCGUAUUUGAUGGACCAGGUCUUGGCCUUCACCGCCGCCUACAGGAGCACAGUGGCCAAUGACGAAGAAACAACGGCGUUGUACCUCACCCAAGCGACCGGUCUCCAAACGAGAGCCAUAGGGCAUCUGGAUAUCGGCGGGUUGCAAGUAAACGAAGACAACGUCAUGGCGCUCUUCUGUUUCAGCCUCCUACUUGGUCAACAGACCUUGUUCGAAGCCUUCGCCGCAGCAACCUCGAUACCUACAGUGCUCGACAAGCUCGUUCAGUGUCUGACGCUUCAUCAUGGAAUUCGUGGCAUUGUCGCGGAAGCCAUGGGAAAGUUCCAUGGUCACAUCCAGAAGGUCCUUCCCCACAAUCCGGCAUACUCUAUGGAGAAUGGCACACAAGUCCUUCACGGCAACGAGUGUGAUAGCUUGCUCCAGCGGCUGAAUGAAAAUGAGAUGAAUGAACAAACGAGGGGUGUUUACAUAGACGUUGUUAAGAUUCUGCAGUAUCUCUUCGAUUCUGUACGUUCGGAUGAAAGUCGCAGGCUCAUCGCGAUUCAGGAAUGGCCUGUCCGAGUGUCACAGGAGUACAUCAGACUCCUUCAACAAAGACGUCCAGAAGCUCUAGUCUUGCUGUCUUAUUAUGCUGUUCUGCUGCAUUGGGCAAAAGACUAUUGGGCUGUGGGCGGUUCUGGAGAGUUUCUUAUUCGGGCAACUUCAGAUCAUCUUGGGACUUACUGGAAAGAAUGGCUGGAAUGGCCGAAUGAGAUGUUGAAGGAAGGCAAAAGAAUGUACAUAGCAUGA